CCGGAAGGGUCCCCCUAGAUCGAGCGGCGAAAGUGGCAGCCGGUGGUGGCUCCUGGGGCCAUAUCCCGCGAGGUCGCCCCCGAACUAUUUCUCUGCGUGUCCUCUGGAUCUUCCCUGAGUCUCCCAGAGCCGCGUGGUGAGGAGAAGUCUCCAUCAUCAUGGGGGGCGGAGACCUGAAUCUGAAGAAGAGCUGGCACCCACAGACCCUCCGCAAUGUGGAGAAAGUGUGGAAGGCUGAGCAGAAGCAUGAGGCUGAGCGCAAGAAGAUUGAGGAGCUUCAGCGGGAGCUGCGAGAGGAGAGGGCCCGGGAAGAGAUGCAGCGCUAUGCGGAGGAUGUCGGGGCUGUCAAAAAAAAAGAAGAAAAAUUGGACUGGAUGUACCAGGGCCCUGGUGGCAUGGUGAACCGUGAUGAGUACCUGCUGGGGCGUCCUAUUGACAAAUAUGUUUUUGAGAAGAUGGAGGAGAAGGAGGCAGGCUGUUCUUCUGAGACAGGACUCCUCCCAGGCUCUAUUUUUGCCCCAUCGGGUGCCAAUUCCCUUCUUGACAUGGCCAGCAAAAUCCGGGAGGACCCACUCUUCAUAAUCAGGAAGAAGGAAGAGGAGAAGAAAAGAGAGGUAUUGAAUAAUCCCGUGAAAAUGAAGAAAAUCAAAGAGUUGUUGCAAAUGAGUCUGGAAAAAAAGGAGAAGAAGAAAAAGAAAGAUAAGAAAAAGAAGCACAAGAAGCACAAGCACCGAAGCUUGAGUAGCGAUCGUUCCAGCAGUGAGGAUGAGCACAGCCGGGGGAGAUCUCAAAAGAAGAUGGCAAAUUCUACCCCUGUUUUAUCCAAAGUCCCCGGAUAUGGCUUACAGGUCAGGGACUCUGACCGUAACCAGAGACUGCAGGGUCCUCUGAUGGGCAAGCAAAAGGGAGACCAUGGGAGGAGGAACCAUUCCAGGUCCAGAAGCUCUUCCCACUCACCCUCCAGACGUGCCAGCAGGAAGAGCACCAGGGAAGCAGGGGCUCAGGACAGGAGGUCACGAUCCCCAAGGCCCAGCAAACCGCACAACUCUAAGGUAAACAGAAGAGAGAGAGGCGAAACUAAGAGCCCAUCACCUAAAAAAGAGGUCUACCAAAGGCGGCACACUGCUGGAUAUACCAGGUAA